GGAGAACAAAAAUGUACUCAGGGCACCUUGAUGUUCAGCUACUUGAAACUGUAAAAAUAGUAUCCAUUCAUUUGAACAUAUAUAAUCAUACAUAUAUCGUUCCUGGUAUCAUUCUUGGGAAUAUUGCUUAAUUAUUCCUACGUUUUUUGUCAAAUCAUUAUCAGAUAUCUCACGACAUCUCCCCACUGUCAUUCGGAAGCGGGGCACUUUUAUAUAUACAUAUAUAUAUAUAUUCAUCGCAUCUUCUCAGUCCGACUCUCUCAUUCCCUUUUACCCACCACAUAUUUCCAUAGACAAUCAAAAUGCCUUCUUCAGAUAUCAUCCACGAAUUCGAUACAAUCGAAGACACCAUCGCCGCCUUCAAAAAUGGCGAAUUCAUCAUCGUCCUCGACUCCACCUCGCGCGAAAACGAAGGCGACCUAAUAAUAUCCGCCAGCGACAUGACCCCCGAGAAAAUGGCCUUCAUGGUCCGCCACACCUCCGGCAUAAUCUGCACACCGAUCCCACCCUCUCUAACCACGCAAUUCGCGCUCCCCCAGAUGGUCAGCGAUAACGAAGAUCCCAACCGGACCGCCUACACCAUAAGUAUCGACGCCAACCACCCAUCGACCACCACCGGCAUCAGCGCCCACGAUCGCUCUCUCGCCUGCACCAUGCUUGCGGAUGCGAAAUCCGGCCCGCAGAAUUUCCGGAGACCCGGUCACGUAUUCCCGUUGCGGGCGCGAGAGGGCGGUGUUCGUGAGAGACCGGGUCAUACGGAGGCCGCGGUGGACUUUUGCAAAUUGGCGGGAAAGCCACCUGUGGGCGUUAUAUGUGAGAUUGUGGAGGAUGGAGAGGAAGUGGUGGGACAGGCGAUUAGGAAGGAGCCGGGAAUGUUGAGGAGAGAUGGAUGUUUGGCCUUUGGAAAGAAAUGGGGGUUGAAGACUUGUACGAUCGAGGCUCUAGUGGAGUAUAUGGAGGAGAAAGAGGGGAAGUGGGUGAAGGAUGGGGAGCAGCGUAAUGGAAAUGGGGUUUGAGGUAAGAAGCGAUCUAUAUGUAUUAAGAACGAUAUCAGGUGGAAUUGUCGAAAGGAAGAGAACGUGGAAAGAUAGCUGUUCCAAAGCAAUAGGGAGGAGAGGUAGACAUCUGCAGGAGAUAAAACGGAGAUGACAAAUUUGUUGGAUAGAUGAUGAGGAGUUUGACUGGUCCUUACUUGUAGUUCUAUAUGGGCUUGGUAUAUUAGAUUCAAUCGCCGCGAGGAGCAAAAAGGCAAAAUCUCAACAAUGGAAAUUAACUAGGUUUCGAAUGUUUGUCGAGCCUUUUCUACAUUUUUCUAAUCUCGCAAAUCAGAUAUAAUUUUGUCCAGGACCACAUCUCAAGAAGUUACUUUGCAUGUAUACGCAUUAGAUUUGAGUUCAUUGGAAAGAAGAAGACUCACAAAUGGCAUUGCAAAUACACAAUCAUAUCACAACAUAUCCUCA